AUAUUAAAAUUAAAUGACUUGAUUCAAGUUGGUACGUUUUGAAUGUCCGCUAGCCCCUGAACGCAUCUUGAGCAGUCACGUGAAAGUCCACCCAGAAAGACGGAAAUGCUGCUGGGCUGCUUCACCGGAGAAUAAAAACACAGAGAAUAAUGACGACAGCGGCGCUGACUGCGGGUCUGGAGCGGAUCCCGGACCAGCUCGGGUACCUGGUUAUCAGCGAGGACGGAGUUCUGGCCUCGGCCGGUGAGCUGGAGAACGAUGAACAUACGGCAGGAGUCCUGAUGCAGAUGGUUCGAACCGCUAGUCGCCUGAGGUUAUCUGGAUGCCCGGAGCCACCGUUCAAACGGAUGUCAGUGAUCCUGGAUGACUUCGUGUACACGGUGACGGUCUCUGCUCAGAAGGUUUUUGUGGUCAAACGUCAGAACAACCAGCGAGAGCCAAUCAGUGUUUAGCAGCAGGGCAGGUGUUGAGUAGCAUGUGUGUUCGUCUGGAUGUUAAUAAAAGGUUUUUA